AUGCUCACCCUCGAGCUCGGCGUGGCGUUCGUGAUUACUCACGUGCAGGUGAACGACAUCCUCACGAUAGUGCAGGUUAACAUCCUCACGGUGGUGUUCGUCCUCCCCCACGUGCAGGUUAACAUCCUCACGGUGGUUUUCGUCCUCCCCCACGUGCAGGAAUCUCCCUGUUUGAGGGAGCACCGAUCGCCGAGAUUUCUCGCUGCGGCGCUGCCUGAGCGCCUGAGCACCGCAGCCUGCUCUGCGACCGAGUCGACCAGGCGGCGCGCCCCUAGCGGCAUGGCCAGCGCAGACCGCCUCUUCAAGCCAUGGCCUGGCCUUCAACAAGACAUCGACCUAGAUGGCCCUUUUGAAACCCACUUGUGGAACUGCGCGCACUGCAAUUGCAAGCUCGUCGCACGCACGGGCAUGGCCUCGCGCCCAGGCGCGACUUGCAUCCUCCGCGACUUGCACGGCACGGAGGAGAUCUCCGUCCGACAGUGGAGGUGCCAGGGCAGGAACUGCAUGCUCACCUACGGCGCAAAAUUCGCGUGGAUCGACGGCCAGAAGGUCAACACCGCUUCGCUGAACGAUUUCGAGAAGAUCGGCGUCGUGUUUGUAAGCACCAAGCGAGCCUUCACCCUUCGGUACCUGAGGUACCACGAGAAGGCCAUGUUCAGGAUGUGCACCUCGGCAACGGGCACCGACUGGGUGAUGCAGGAGACGUUCGCCGACAAGUCCCAGCGCGCCUACGGCGGGGAGUUCUUGCACGACUACAGGAAGCUGCACUUGGAGGGCAUCUUAUAUCUGCUCGCAGUGCAAGUGAUGGAACCGGUCGGGAAGCAUUUGAACAUCGUGCUCGGCGAGGAAAUUAGCGCCGCCGCGCUCAAGAAGUUUGACGCGUACCUGCACGACUGCGUCUUCCCAGAUCCCAGGCCCAACAAGGUGUCCCUGCUCAUUGAGGACGGGCACGAGAAGGUUGCCAUGAAGUGCCCCGAGCCCGUUGCAGGGAGGCCAUCCGCCGUCACGAAGAGGCCCGCCGCCAUGAAGAGACGCUCGAUGAAGAGGAGCGUGGACAAGAAGCCGCCCGCCAUGAAAGCGACGAUGCAUCGCAACUACGGGUGGUACAUGGUCGUCACGCCGCAGGGGCGGGUCGUCACCGCCAUCGAGCAGGCGGUGCCCGAGGGCAACGGCGUCGCUGCCGCGGCGCUCGGGAGGGCCAUUGUCAACCACCCAAAGGUCGACACCUAUGCAUAUGACCGAUGCUGCUCGUUCUACCAGUCUGCCAUGAAGAUCGUCGCGCUCAAGCCAAUCAAAUAUUGGACCGUGGACUGGAUGCACGCCAAGCGGCACUCGGACACUUGCCCGUGCAAUCCGUACCACAUCCUCAGGCUGAAGCUCAGGCUGAAGGGCGUGAACACGCAGGCGGCAGAGCAGACCUUCAGCUGGUUCAAGGGGUACUCGCGCAUCCUGAACGAGAUGUCGCCUCUGCGGCAUCAAUUCAUGGUUUUGUACUUUUGCAAGCUCCUCAACCAGUACAUUGCCGAGCGCCGAGCGGACUACCUUCCACCGAUGGCGGCCGUCGUGUCCAGCGGCAUGAGGGUCGGCCACUACGGGUGCUAG